CCCAGGCAACAAACAACCGCACCCAACACCCUCUAAUCUUCAAAGUCCCCAUCAUCAAACCAAGCAUCACCCAAUUUCCUUCAACCCUUGAAUUCUUCAAAUUCUCCAUAAAAAGUCUUCAUCUCAUCACCCUCACUUCCCCCCUCUCUCUCUCUUGCAUACAUACACGUGUGUCUUUGUACGAAGGCUCUGUACCAUCAUUUUUAUAAAUUGAGAAGAGAGUUGGGUUGAGGGGAUAAUGGGUUGUUGCAGCAGCAAGAGUGCGGACACAAAAGCCAGCCGCUUGGCUCGGUGGCGUUCCACCGGAAUCGUCGCUUUACGCGAUUCCAAAUUGAAGACAUUUCCAGAUGAAGUUCUUGACCUAGAAAGAUCUGUGCGUACACUUGAUUUAACAUGUAACAAAAUAGCUGAAAUACCAGUCGAGAUCAACAAGUUAACGAACUUGCAGAGACUGAUUUUAGCGGAGAACGUUAUAGAGCGCCUUCCAGUGAACCUGGGUUUGCUUCAAUCUGUGAAGGUUAUGACACUUGAUAAGAACAGAAUGACAACCUUGCCUGAUGAAUUGGGCCAGUUAGUGAAGCUGGAGCGCUUAUCUGUCUCGUCAAACUCUUUAGUAAGCUUGCCCGGAACAAUAGGGAGCUUGCGCAAUUUAGUACUAUUAAAUGUGUCGAGUAACAAUCUGAAAAUUUUGCCGGAAUCCAUUGGAAACUGUUUCUCUUUGGAGGAAUUGCAAGCAAAUGAUAACACUAUUGAAGAACUCCCUGCUUCCGUGUGCAGUCUUGUUCAUUUAAAAUCACUUUGCUUGAACAAUAACAACCUUAAACAGAUACCUCCAAAUUUGUUAAAAGAGUGCAAAAGUUUACAGAACAUAUCCCUUCAUGGCAAUCCUAUUUCUAUGGAUCAAUUUCAACAGAUUGAAGGUUUUCAAGAAUUUGAAGCUCGGAGGAAAAAGAAAGUCGACAAACAGAUAGAUUCUAAUGUGAUAAUUAGUUCUAAUGGGCUCGACGUAGGUGUUGACCACUGACAUCUCUGUAAAGGAACGCUGGAUUUGGGUUCGGUGAAGGAAAGGAAAACAUGUCUUGCAUGGAUGAGGGGUGCGCUAAAAACUUUCUCGACGAAUGGGAUGCUUCUGGAUCUUGUAUGUAUAUACUACUUCCUCGAUAUAGUAUUUUGAUUCGGUGAUUUUACUGAAGUAGCUGCAGCUGAGUAAAUCGACGUGUCUGUUGAAGAGCAGCUCUGCUUGCACAGCCCUAAUGAGAUACAUUGUGUAACUACACAUUUUUAUAGUGAUUGAAAAGGAAGUCUUCUUAUGACCUAUUGUGUGACUAUACAUUCUUAUAGUUAUUGUGAAUGGGUUAAAUUUUAUUUCCUGUAAAAAAAAAAAAAUCUUGAGCA